ACAGACUUCACGGACAUUAUGGCUGCUUUAGGAAGGCUCUCAGGAAUUCUUCGCGGUUCAUUGCCCAUCCGCGGGAGACUUUUUUCCGCAGCAGCUGCAGAGCAAGAACAUGCCGGAGCAGUUCGCACCUGGAAGAUCUUGUCCGCCGUUGUUGCUUUACCCGGGGUCGCAGUCUGUAUGUUGAAUGUCUACUUGAAGAUGCAACACCAUUCCGAAGAGAGACCCGAGUUUGUUCCAUACGAGCACUUGAGAAUCCGCUCAAAGAAAUUUCCAUGGGGAGAUGGACAGAAGAGUCUGUUCCACAAUGCUCAUGUAAAUGCUCUUCCCAAUGGAUAUGAAGAGUCAGAACAUUAAGUGUGGUGACAGUCUGUCGGACCAGUGUUUGUGGACCCAAAUGGAAUUUAGGGAUCACGCUUCUGUACUUAUGGCUGUAAAUUCCUUCAGAGCUUCUGCCACAAUUGUGGUUGUUUAAAUAAAAUAUUUCCUGUCUA